UUGUUUUUUCUAGUUACUUUUCUGGAGCUUACAAAAAGCAGAGCAGCCGAGGCUGAGAGGCCAGAAGGUGCUGCUGCUCUCCCACCGUCGGACCAUUCCUGAACUCUUCCGAAGGCGCUGGGGUCUGGAGCAAGAACCAGGAGGUCUUCUUUCUUUCUUCAUCGAGAGCGUGUGAGCGAUGUCUCUGAGAGGUGAUGUGUGCGUGGUGACGGGAGCCUGUGGAUUCCUGGGAAAGAGGCUGGUGAGGCUGCUGCUGGAGGAAGAGGAGACGGCUGAGAUCCGACUGCUGGACAAACGCGUCCCGCCACCAGUCCUGCAGAGUCUGGAGGACUGCAGAGGCGGGACGAAGCUCAGCGUGUUUGAGGGGGACAUCAGAGACUCUGAUUUCGUGAGAAGAGCCUGUCGAGGUGCAACCACCGUCUUCCACAUCGCCUCCGUGAUUGACGUGUCGGAGUCGGUGGAGUUCAGCGAGAUGUACGGAGUCAACGUGAAAGGGACGCAGCUCCUCCUGGAGGCGUGCCUCCACGAGAACGUCAUGUCCUUCAUCUACACCAGCACUGUGGAGGUGGUGGGACCCAACCCCAGAGGAGAGCCCAUAGUCAACGGCACUGAGGACACCGUCUACGAGAGCCGUCUCAAGUUCAACUACAGCAGGACCAAAAAGGAGGCGGAGGACCGAACCCUGCAGGCCAACGGUCAGCUGCUCCAAAACGGAGGCCGACUGGCCACGUGCUCGCUGAGGCCCACGUACAUCUUUGGGGAAGGCUGUCGCUUCCUGCUUCAUCACAUGACUGAGGGGAUGCGGAACGGGAACGUCUUGUAUCGUCUGUCUGUACGAGAGGCCCUGGUCAACCCCGUCUAUGUGGGGAACGUGGCCUUUGCUCACCUGCAGGCAGCGCGAAGCUUCAAAGAACCCCAGAAAAGGAGCGCCGUUGGAGGGAAGUUUUACUUCGUCACUGACGACACCGCUCUUUUAAGCUACGCUGACUUCAACUAUUGCAUGAUGUCUCCUCUGGGCUUCAGCAUCCAAGAGAAGCUCCCGAUGCCUCUGCGCAUCUUCUACAUCUACGUCUUCCUCCUGGAGAUGCUGUGCAUGCUGCUGCGGCCUUUCACACGCAUCGUUCCUCCCAUGAACCGGCAGCUCCUCACACUGCUCAACACAACAUUCAACUUCUCCUAUCAGAAAGCCCGAAGGGAUCUGGGAUACUUCCCCAAGUACAGCUGGGAAGAGGCGCGCAGACGCACCAUUGAGUGGCUUGCCUCACAGCUGCCCCUGCAGAGGGAAACUCUCCAGUCCAGUUAAGUCCUUCAAGUCAUUGACGAGAAGAAGCAGUGACACUGUUGAUUGAAUAGAUAUAACCUGUUUUGUGCUGUUUUAAGCUGAUGUCUUUCAAUGUUCUUCACAGGACAGGUUCAUGUUAGUAGUUAUUCCCUCACCGACUGUUUGGGAUUCUAAUAAAAGUUAUGGAAAAUGUA